AUGCAACUCAACAAGGGACUAAAGAAAGGAGAAAUGACGUACUUAGCAAUGUUGAAAGAAGAAACCAUCCCUCCCAACGAAGAAAUUCCAAAGAAAGUGAAAGAAGUACUGGAAGAAUUUAAGGACGUGAUGUCACCAGAGUUGCCAAAGAAGUUACCACCGAGAAGGGAACUGGAUCACGAGAUAAAACUCGAGCUCGAAGCUAAGCCACCAGCAAAUGAAUGGACUGAGAAGUGUCAAAUGACAUUUGAUGAUCUAAAGAAAGUUGUCAUGAAGGAACCAAUCUUGAAACUACCAGACUAUGCGAAACCAUUCCACGUACAAACAGAUGCGUCAGACUUCGAGAUUGGGGGAGUGUUAUUACAAGAUGACCAUCCAGUAGCCUACGAAAGCUGGAAACUUAAUGACAUAGGACGGAGAUAA